AUGACAGAACAAUCAUCCGUUGGUGCGCCCGCCCGUCGGCUGGACCUGCACGAGGAGCUCACCUUCCAAAGGGAGACCAUAAAACUCCGCAAGGCAUUCCUAAACGUAUACAACUUUGAACUAUUUUACAAGAAAAACUUAAAGGUAAAAAGUAGCUACUUGAGAAUAAUUAAAAGGAGGCAUAAUGUGGAUGCUCAGAUGGGGUGCAGCAUCCAGUGUGGGGAAAGCAAUCCCCGUGAAAUGUUGCUGCAAGAAAGGGUAAAUUCCAUUAACCAUAAGUUUUGGAAGGAACACCACGUGAAGGGACAUUACCACGUGGAUGCAGUGGAACUAAACAGACACGUCUGCUUUCUGGAGAAGGAAAUAAUGAACAGGUUUCUUUUCAGUCUACGCAUUGAUGGGUCUAGCUAUUCGUUGGACGAGGAGGACACGUAUCUUUACUGGUUGUUCGUUCGGUACGUCCAUUUUGCUUGUGGGAAGUUGGACAGGAGAAAGGGAAACACGCUUAGCAGGAUGAACGACAACCGGAAGAACAGUCCCCUUUUCUGCGACGCCCGCUACGUUAAACAAUUCUGUUCUUUCAUCGCACCUGUUUUGAAGCGCCAGAGGGGGAAUCCCCAUUUAACAUUUCUAAAGGAGUAUCUUCACAGAUUGGACUCUACCCCCAUGAACAAAUCUAAAGGGAGGGGAAAAAACUCCUCAUGUGGAAGAUCCCUCCGUUACAGCAUCCAAGUUGGGACCCUCCAAAAUGGGGAUAACAAACGUAUGAUCAGGAGGAAGAAUUCUCCAAUUUAUAUGAUGUUCUCCAUUUGUGCGGAAUACCCCACGUAUAAUUUGUCUAUUCACAGGAAGAGGACAACGUCAUUCCGCUUCAGUCUACAUGGAGCACAUUUCAAACCCAGACCACAGGAAGUGGAAGUCGACAUAGCAAAAGUUAAGCACGCCGUUGGAAGAUUUAUUUUGGGGCAGUUAUACGAAAAUUUGUUGAAUUCCAUUUUCAGCUCCCUGGUGAGUAAAAGCAGCCAAUUUAAAUGGGACUCCUUCUGUGCGGAUAUUGGUAGGACUUUCCGUUCCCAUUGGAAGGAGGCGUUUUUCCCCGGGGCAAAGUCCCACUUGGAAGGAAACCCCUUUGAAAUGCGUGAACCGAACGACGGUGGUAUUUCGAAAUGUCUAAAGGUGUUUUUCAGACCUUUGCAUGCGUACCACAAGGUCGAUACAAGGGAUGAGUUGAUUUUUCUACAAAAUAUUGUCCUGAACCUGCUGGAGGAAGACGUGAGGAAGCUCCUCCACAUGACCGUCGUGAAUAUCGCUCUCCUGUGUGAGCAUCUGCCCCUCGGGUACCUCUUCUCCCUCUUUCUUUUUUAUUUCCUCUUUUUAAACAUCCCCUUAAGGAGUAGUAAAAGAGGGGGAGGCGAUUUCCCCUACCCGUUUGGAGCAACUAAUCCGAAGCAGCGCAAUUGUGAAGAAGUCCCACCUCAUAAUGAUCAUCGUGCAGACCGAUGUAGUAACCCCCGCAGGGGGCAUGCAAAUGGAGUGAAGGUAACGGAGGGGUGCUUCCCCACGUGCCUCCUCUGCUUAUACCAUGCAUUACGGAGGAAUAAAAAUAUGACCCCACUGGAGAAAAAGAAAAGGUUAGUCUUCAUCGUGUUGGAUAUUUUGCGGAAGAGUUACGUAGAGCCUGUCGACCAGGAGGAAUCCAUUCUGAGUCUUUACUUUAGCAGCGUGGUGAACAGUGCGUGCAUUCCCCACGAGGGGGAAGUGCAGCUUAUAUCAUAUAAGGGGGGAGAAGCAGAUGAAGGAAUCCCCCACCAUUGUCCCGUUUGUUGCCGUCCACGAGGGAGACACAACACUCGAAAGCGCCUCAAAGUGAAGGAAGGGAAAGAAGUUAACCCUGUUAAGAGGGAGAAGUGGCCCCGGUGCCACGACGUCCAGCGGAUUUUCCAACGAUGCUUCCAACGGCUGAACAGGAAGGAAUCCAUUUUAGGCCACCUCGGUGAGUUGAUAAACCCCAAUGUGGACUGCCAAAAGGGGAAAGAAAAGAAAAAUGUCUCCUGGAAUUGUGCUACGUAUUCACCUACAUGCGAAUUGUAUUCUAUACCGUCACGAAGCGGGAGAGGAAGCCAGUCGGGCAGGUCGAUCUUCGGAGACACAGCAAAGGAGAACAACCCUUCAAAUCGAUUUAGCAAAAAACGGGGUGCAAAUAGUAUAGUAAAAGGAACACAACCACUAAGUUUAUCCAACCAGUUGGAAGACAAAGAAGGAGUGUUCCACCAGGACAACAGUUUAAAUGAGUACCUCUAUAGUGAAGGCAAAACAUUUUUAGAAAAUCUAAAGACGUUUUUACGUCCCUUAUUGAGUGCCUUAUAUAGAAGAAGCAUCGUGCGUGUGAACAUGUAUUUUUAUUUGUGCAUGGUCCAGUCGUUCCUUACACUUCGAAGGGGGGGAAUCUCACCAAUGUGCAUGCGUCCUAAAGGAAGAGAAGCAUCAGUUAGGAAGACACGCAAAACAGGACCAACUACAAGUGUGAGGAGACAUCUCUCCAGAGAAUACCAACGGGGACGUUUUUGUAACCCUGUCGAGGAUUACCUCACGUGUAAGUUCGAUCGAGCGGUACACCUCCUAUGUAUACGCAGUGGAUACAGUGCAAUAGUAAAGAGGACGUUAAGGAGGACCACCUCGUAUCUGCAAAACAGUGUGAAGAACUUAAACGUGUGGCUGCUCCUGCUGGUGUACCGACUGGCCAACGCAGUGGACGUGCGAACCUUCGGUGGAAUCACCACCCAUAUAAACAGAGGAACCAACCUCUCUCUACACAGAAGAAGAAACAUACUUUCCCAAACGGUAUGCGGAAUGGAACGCGGAAAAAUAAGCACAAGAAAGCAGCGCAGGAGGAAUAUCCGCCCAUACAUACGAAGGUUGCUUAAAAGUGCACCGAUUCGGAACUACGAUUUGUAUGAAGACUGGCAAGAAGACUGCUUCUACAUUCAGAGGAAAAACGAUGUCGUUAUUUUUAACUUAAGAUCCAAAGAGGGGGAGAGAAACUCGGCCGAUUCGCCAAAUGUGUACUACCGAUUUAAUGGAAAAAAUUAUUUCGUUCACGAAAAGGACUACAGGACAAGGAGGGCAUAUAAAAUAAAGUGCGUAAAUGUGUGCCUACUAUUUUAUAGGUACUGUUUUUUUUUUUAUGCGAAAAAUCCGCUUGUGUUUUCUUUCCUCUUUAACCGGGUGUUUUGCGUCUGCACCGGAUGCUUAGGAAGGUAUUUGGUGCUGGGCAGGGUUACCAAUUUCGGCACCCCCCCCACGGAAGACGCAACAACGCAUGACUGUUUUUACAAGCAAAUCGGGAUGCUCAUAAAAAACCGAAAGAACAUUUUCGUGCGUAACUUCCACUUUCUUGUCCUCUUCCUCCUGAUGCGAUACCACACGUUGGUUGGAAAUGUCCGCCACUCGGGGUUGCAGAGCUGCGUGCCGAAACGCGUAAUGACCCUGCUGCGGAGGAAGCUGAAAAUAAAACGGGAGUGCUUCUCCUCCCCCCUGAAUGCAGUUUUACCGUCCUACUGCUCCUUCUUCCCAGACAUCGAUACAUUUUUCGGAAGCUCCGGCAACUUCUUUGAGUUUCCGUUGCACAGCGGAGCGUACGAAGUGAACCCCCCGUUCGAUGUGUACCUAAUUAACCAACUGAUCGUGCACAUUUUGCACCACUUAAAGAAGGAGGAACAUGAACUGACGUUUUUUCUGGUCAUCCCGGUGCUGCAAGACAAGAAUUACUUUUUCGAGUUGCUCUUUGGGUCUUCCUACAUGUCCGCUCACUUUUUGUUGGCGCGAAAUUCUUACACCUUUUCGACGAGACUGUUGGAGAGCAGGGAAGAAGAGUACAUUUCUACGUGCGAUUGCUUCGUUUUCAUUUUGCAAAAUGAAAAGGCAAAAAUUCAAAAGGGGGUAAUUAACAAGAAGGUUGUGUUGAAAAUAAAGAAGACAUGGGAAAAUCUAAGUUACGUUAAACAAAAAAAAAAAGGAAUGAGCUGGACGGAUGGGUGGACACGUGGUGAGGAAAGCGACUCAUCAGGGGGAUUAACAACAUGUAUGUAAAAAAUUACAGAACUGGUUGAUACAAUGAGAUCGCUCAAAUUACGU